GAGGAACGGAGAGGAAACGGUGGAGAACCGUGUGGUCACUUAGACCAGCAGCGGCGAGUAACCGCCGAUGCCACAUCGACUCGCGAUAUCGGACUGAGAACAUCGGUUCACAUCUCUCUCGCAAUCACACAUUUUUUGAAGCCGGCAUUAGUCCCGAAUGAACUCGUACGGAGGAGAAAGAUAGAGCUUUGGAAUUUACGUGCGAGCGAGAAGAAGCACGCGCGAAGCUCGUGCAUAUAUCUGACGCGGGCGAGAAAGUUCCGAGGAUCAUACAGAAGAAACGAGUUUGUAAACGAGGCCGGUCACAGCCGAGCUUCAGUUCGAAGAGUGGCGCGAGCGCGUGCGAGCGAGCGAUAUAAUUGUAUGAUGUAGUUAAAACCGAGUGCCGAUGAUAAACGGUUGUGCGCCAGCGAUAAAAGAGAACUUUUUUAUAUUUGAAAUUUAUAAAAUCGGGGGCAAAGUCGCAGUGAUUGACAAAUUAAUUAUAUUCGGCGGUGAGUGUGCGUUUUAAAAACAUCCUCGGCUUUUAUCGUAUUUUACAACAAUCACGCGCGAGUCUCUCUCGCGUUUGUGUGAAGUUACGCUUCAAGUGCCGAGUAAUCGAGCUGUAGAAGCGACCGAAAACAGGUAGCAAUGACUAUUCACAAAAAAGGUACGGUGUCAAGGACGAAGAAUGCGGGAGCCGCGAAAAACGAAGUCGCGACAACGUCGACGUCCUCGGACGUGACGACAACGGAGACAGUCGAGGUUGUAUCCUCCACCAGCGUCGUGGAGGAAUCGAGCCAGGUGAAGGAGAGCGAAUCUAGAAGUAGCACGGUGGAGGUCACGAGUGCCAGUCGCGAGGUCAUCAUGGAUUCCAAAGGUAACGUUAUCAAAGUUAUCGAGACACCUCCACAGACUAUCCAGCAGAGCUCGUCCAGCCGAAGAACCGGCAAAAGCUCUCAAGACCUCAUAGCGGGGGAGCAGAUGCAAUCGAUUAAGCAAGCGAAGACGACGCACGAGAUUCCACGCGAGCACGCGACGUCUCCUUCGGAAAGUCGGACAAUUCAAGGAGAAACGACCGAACGGGCCAGUCAAUCUGUGCAGACGCAAAGUCAAAGCGCGUCCCAUUCAACGGUUCAGCAGUCGAGCUCCUCGAGCGUCCUAAUUGAGAGUUCAUCAGCGAGCGAGGAUCGUAGCGGACAUCGCUCUACCGCUGUAGUUUCUCACGACGUUAAAAAUGGAGCUCACGUUCCCAUAUCUCAGACAUCGUCAAGGUCGACCGAGAGUACUCACGUGAGUAGCGAGACGAGCGAGGCCGUAACGAAAGACGGUCAAACAACGUCGAGCACCACGAGAAUACGCGAAACGGGAGAAAGAAUCAAUGAAAACGGCAAGACGAUGUCUACAUCAAGCCGAGAAGUAGACAGCGAACGUACAAUCACACCUUCCAAUGUGACCGUCAUUAAAAAUACUGAUGAUAUCAAGAGGAGUGGCGAUAAAAGUACGCGCAGCGAUUUGAAAUCAGAGAGAUCAAACAUCGAGAUAUCAACACGUUGUAAUAAACCCGGCCAAUCCACCUGGGAUGGCACCUUUGUCUAUGAAAAACCCGCCACUCCCAAGGACAAAAAUGUCGUUGAUAAAUCAGUAAGUUCGAAGAUUCACAGCGAUACCAGAGAUAAUGAAACAAGCGUUAAAGUCACUCAAGAGACCUCGACCCAGGAGGUAUCGUUUAUCGAUCAGAACGUAUCUUCGAGUUCAAGCGUGACUCGAGACUCGAAAACGAUAGUCGACGAAGGUCAACGAACGAUGACUUAUCUUCGUGACGUCACGUCGGAGAAAACCGCCGCAGACACGACAGAUUUCGCCGGCGACAAAUAUUCGAAAGGGCCGACCCGUUAUUCGAGACCUGGCGAUUCGACGUGGGACGGAAGCUUCGUCGUGGGAAAAAUUACGAAGCAGCGAAAAAGUCAGCUUAACGACUCCGACGUCAACGUGUUUCACGGUCGCGGUGACAACGUCGUGGAAACUACGCAGAGAAGAGAUUUCAAAGGAAAGAGUACGGACGGUACAUACGAGAAGGAGUCAUCCGAGACUACGCGCGUCGUAAAAGGUGCUAGCCUUGCGGACAGCACCAGAUUCAUUUCUGAAGAACGACGAGAUGUAAGCAGAGAAACUUCGAUCCAUGCCGAUGGCACGCCGUUGAGUAAGGAUGAACACCCAGCUCGCGUAUCCAGUCCAUCGCGACGAAGACUAUUCGGCAGACCCGGCGAAUCUAUCUACGGAAAGUCGAAGCAAGAUGACGUGAAGAAGCAUCCUUCAGACGUCACCGUUGUCCGUACGACGGAAAAACGUCACGAUACCGUGGACGUUCAAGAUGUCAGCGAAGAGCAGAACAUUUCGAACGUUACUGAAUCGGUCUCCACGUCUUACAUCGUCGAAUACGCGAUUUCCGGCGAGAGAGAGGACAAGAAGAACGUCGAGAAGGUCACGUCGGUGUCCGAGGUAAUCUUAGAGGAGGAUAGUCCUGAGAUUAAAAUUACGCGCGGCCAUGGAAGUCCGGAGAGGCAGACGAAAUUUGACACAACCUCGCGCUGCUACAAGCCCGGUCAAUCCGCUUGGGACGGCACCUUCGUCUACGAACGACCGGUAACACCUGAUAGUCGCCGAAGACCGGAAGAUAAACGUACGGUGAAAACCAUCGAUAUUCGAGAUGUUACGGAAGAUAAUUCGAUUAACGAAGCGGACGUUACGAGUACUUCUUACAUCGUUGAGCAUUCAUCGAGUCAGCAGAGUUUCUCAGAUAUCAGGGAUGCCAGUGUCAGUACCUCCACGAGGUACGAGACAGUCGUUUACGAGGGGCGCCCUGUCGAAACGACGAUUAGAUUUGAUGGAGAUACGUCACGGAGCGAAGUUUCGACGACGGAACGUCGGACUAGUCCCUCUCCACGACCUGGAAGUCCGGAGAAGAUACCGAAAGAUAGAGAUCUACGAAGUACCAAACCCGGAUCGUCGACGUGGGACGGAACUUUCGUAUUGGAGAAAUCGCAGGAGAAGAAGCGACCACCUAGCAGAGAAUCCAUUGAUAGGCUACCAGAUAAAUCUCGUCCAGCAGACAGCAAAAGGACACCCUGUGUUGAUACAUCGAGGAAAUAUGUUAGCGAGACUACUAUCGAUCUCCGAGAUGUCAGGCAAGAUGUAUCGAGUACGUCAGAGAUUAUGGAAAGUUCCGUCGUUACGGAACAAUCAAGAAUGCACGAAAGUUACACGGACUCCUCGAAUCUUGAUUUGUCGACGACUUCCGUCGAGACUGUUACUAUUCGCGACGGUCAGCCAAUAACGACGCAAAAAACAGUAACCAUUCAAGAAAGUCCUCACGGUGGUGCAAAGAGGCUGCCCUGUAGCAGUGACGUAAUAACUACUACCGACAUUAAAGAGACCACUGUUAAAAGCGAGAAGAAGGAAUCUCGCGCGGACGAUAGAAGUUACCGACCUCUGAAACCGGGAUCGUCCACAUGGGACGGAUCGUUUGUGUAUGAGAAACCAGAGGAAAGGAAACCGAGUGAUAAAAAGUCACCGAAAGAUGUACAUGGAGCUGCGACUAAACAGAGUCCAAUUAAAGAACCACGGACCGAUAAUGUUGAUCAUCAAACAGUUACAAUUUUGGAUACGUCAAAAGAUGUAAGAAGCGCUACCGAUUAUUCUACGAGCUCCGUCACGGUCGAGCAAACAUUCAUCGCGGAUUCGGAGACAUACGAUUCUUCAAAUAUAUCCAAAAUUUUCAUCGGAGAAAGAAGCGCAGAGGAUAAAGUGCGCGAAGCCGAUAAGAAGCCAAGACAGCUGUUCGUCGAAAAACCUGAGCCAUCGCCUCGACAAAGACCUCCGAAAGACACUGAAGAGCCUAAACAUAAAAAACCGCAGAGUCCGGUGGAUAGAACGCAACGACCGUCGAAGCCAGGCGCCUCCACCUGGGAUGGAUCGUUCGUGUACGAGAAACCGGAAGAGAAGAGGCCAAAAGAUAUGAAAACUGAAGAUAAGCGAAGCCCAAUCAAAGACAAACCGAGUGACAUCGCCGAUCAUGGAACAUCUGUUACGAUACUGAAUACAUCGAAGGAUGUGUCAAGUUCUGCCGAUUAUUCCACUAGCUCCGUCACGGUCGAGCAAACGUACGUCACCGAUUCAAAGACUUAUGACUCGUCAAAUAUAUCGAAAAUUUAUAUAAAAGAGAGUCCGAAGGAUAAAGUACAUUCGAUCGAUUACGAGAUGUCAAAAGAAUCCCCCGACGAAAAGCCGCAGAAAAGUCCGAUAGACAGAACGCACCGACCGUCGAAACCUGGCGCCUCCACUUGGGACGGUUCUUUCGUGCACGAAAAACCGCAGGACACGCGAAAGAAACCAACACGUGAUGAACCAACUGAAGUGCCGAAGAAACGUCCGGGGGACGAACGAAAACCGAUUGAGAAAGAAAGCGAACCAGUGGAUCAGAAAGGAAAAACGUUGCCUACUCCGAUUUCGCGAAAAUCGACGGAGACCCAGAAGGACGUCACCGAGAUCAGACACGUCGAAGAUGUCGCGGAUAUCACACAUGCGGAUAUCACGCGUACAUCCGAAGUGCUUCAGCAAUCUUAUGUAAUCGAUCAGUCUUCGAGAUUCACUUCUGUGCAAGACGUGCGCGAUGUUAAGGACGAGCGUGUCAUCACUGAAUUUACGACGGACACGCGCAAGGAUGUGAGAGAUGUUACCGAGUCAACGAAGGAAUUUAUCGAUAAAGAGCAGGUGACUAGCAUGGUAGCGCGGGAUGUCAUCGACACUCGAUUCGAUACCAUCACCGGCCCGGCACCCCGGUCACCAACGGAUUCCACGAGGAAACCAUCGCCUGAACGGCCCGGUUAUCCUCGUGGAAUACCUGGUCUCAGGGAAGACGAUCGACCAAAACCAACUCCAGUUGCUGGAAAGCCCAGCCGACCUCCGCAGCGCGAAAGAAGUCCUCAGCGGCCAGUAGAUGGCAGACCUUCCGAGAUCCGGCCAAAGUCACCUGAAAAGCUUCGGGAUCAUACGUCGCCGACUAGAAGACCACAGCCAGCGGCCGGCAAGCCGAGUCGACCCGAAGAAAAACCUACAGCAUUUAGAAAAUCCGAUAAAGAACCUGAACCUUCGAAACCUAAACCUAGUCGAUUUGCUGAGAAACCGAAGAAAUUGGAACAGGACAUACCUAAAAGAGGAGAUCAAAGUCCAGACUCUCUCGAAGAGGAUGUAGUCUAUCCUAAAUCAGUGCUGGUACCGGAUAUAUUGUCGAAAAUCCCUCUAAAAGAACAGUGCAUUUGCGAGCUUUGUACUUGCGGACGUCAUCGUUGCCUGCAUAAUUUGCCCCAAGAACAUUUGGAAUUCUCUUAUGAAGAACCGUUGCAUACUGUGACUUCCUAUCGCCAGGAUUACGACGAAAAACACGUGGAAAAGCAAACAAAAUAUUAUCAUGAAGAUCAUUUGCAUACGGAGGGUGAAUUUAUCGGACAGAGACGAACCGAUUAUGUGGCUACUAGAGGCGAGAGAGCGCCGGUCAGAAAACCGCAAGAUCAUCUCAAACCCGAAGGUGAAUUCGUUAGAAGACCAAAGGAAGAGGCGCCUACAAGGGGUGAAAGGGCACCUGUGAAGAAGCCACAAGACAAUCUUAAACCGGAGGGCGAGUUUGUUGGUAAGCCUCGAGAGGAAGCUCCGAAAUAUGGCGAACGAGCUCCGAUUACGAAGCCAAGGGAUAACUUGAAAUUCGAAGGGGAUCUUGACACUACAACAACGACCGAGCUGGUUUUUACUGGUACUCCUGGCGAACGACCGAUCCCAAUACGUCGCAAUACUUAUACGAAGAUAGAGGGUGAUUUUACUGAUGAAACGACGACGCGAUCGCAAUACAUUGAUCAUCGUAGCAUCCAACGCGCUGAAAUCGUUAAACGAACGGAUAAUCUCAUUGUGGGAGAGGGUGAAUUCACGGGUACCUCUCAUAUCAAGGAAGAUUUCCAAACUCAUGUUAUCGAACGUGAACCUCAGUGGCGACCGAAGUAUCCUGAAGACACCGAUCGGUUUUACAACAAAACAGAUAUCAUUGACAGUACUACUACCACUCAGGAACAAUUUCGAACUUUCGAUCAGGCAGAUUAUAAAAGUACCAUAGUUAUUAAAAGAGCCGAUAAUCUAAGACCUGAAGGACCUUUCGAAGCAUUGCCUCACACAAAGGAUGAUUACGUAACACCCAUAUUGCUGCGCAAGCCAGAACCACAAAAACCUAUAGAUAAUUUAAAACCUGAAGGGCCAUUCGAAGGACGACCUAAAGAUGAUUAUUCACCUAAACGUGGCGAACGUUAUGAAGUGAAACGGCCAGAAGAUAACUUACGUCCUGAAGGGCCGUUCGAAGGACGACCUAAAGAUGACUAUAAGCCUACUAGAGGAGAACGCGCAGAUGUCAAACGCCCUGAAGAUAACUUAAGACCCGAGGGUUCGUUCGAAGGACGUCCUAAAGAUGAUUAUGCACCUAAACGUAGCGAACGCCCUGAAGUCAAGCGUCCAGAAGAUAAUUUACGUCCUGAAGGACCAUUUGAAGGACGGCCUAAGGAUGAUUAUAGACCAACCAAAGGAGAGAGAGCUGAUGUUAAAAGACCACAAGAUAAUUUGAAACCAGAGGGUCCCUUCCAAGGACGUCCAAAAGAUGAUUUUACUCCGAAAACAGCGGAACGUCCUGAAGUGAAACGACCGAAAGACAAUUUACGACCUGAAGGUAACUUUUCAGAUCGUCCCAAAGACCAAUAUAUACCCGGUGAGAAACGCACUCCUAUCAGACAUCUGGAUAAUUUGUACCCUGAAGGCGACUUUGAAAGACCUAAGCUGAUACCUUAUGGUCCCGGUGACAGAGCAUCUAUUGUUCGUCAUCCGGAUAAUCUAUUUCCAAUAGGAGAAUUUCCAGACAGAGAAAUCAAGCCAUUUAAGCCUGCCGAACGUAGAACGCCUGUUAAACAUGUCGAUAAUCUUCGUCCAGAAGGUAACUUUGAAGGAAAACCCAAAGAUGAUUACAGACCGACCAAAGGAGAACGUGCCGAUGUUAAACGCCCCGAAGAUAAUUUGCGACCAGAAGGUCCGUUCGAGGGUCGUCCAAAAGAUGAUUAUUCGCCCAAGCGUGCAGAACGCCCUGAAGUAAAACGUCCAGAAGACAAUUUACGUCCCGAAGGCAAUUUUGAAAGACCAGAAAAAGCACCUAUUGGUCCAGCCGAAAGACGUACUCCAAUUAAACAUCCGGAUAAUCUUAGAUCCGAAGGAGAAUUCGAGCGACCUCGUCCGGAUAGUUAUCGUCCGGCAGAAAAACCAGUAGUCAAAAGGCCAGUGGACAAUUUAAGGCCCGAAGGAGAAUUUGAAAGACCACGUCCUGAAAAAUACACUCCAGUUGAGAAACGAACACCAGUGAAACAUCCGGACAAUCUCAAGCCAGAAGGUGAAUUUGAGCGACCUCGUCAGGAUGGUUUCCGUCCGGCAGAAAAACCAGAAGUCAAAAAGCCAAUAGACAAUUUAAGGCCCGAAGGUGAAUUUGAAAGACCACGUCCUGAAAAAUACGCUCCAGCUGAGAAACGAACACCAGUGAAACAUCCGGACAAUCUCAAGCCAGAAGGUGAAUUUGAGCGACCUCGUCAGGAUGGUUACCGUCCGGCAGAAAAACCAGAAGUCAAAAAGCCAAUAGACAAUUUAAGGCCCGAAGGUGAAUUUGAAAGACCACGUCCUGAAAAAUACGCUCCAGCUGAGAAACGAACACCAGUGAAACAUCCGGACAAUCUCAAACCAGAAGGUGAAUUUAUUGGUAAACCGAAAGAAGAUUUUAUACCAACAAGAGGUGAUCGCGCUGAUGUUAAGAGGCCAGCAGAUAAUUUAAGACCAGAAGGUCCAUUCGAAGGUCGACCAAAAGAUGAUUAUCGACCAGUACGUGGAGAACGUAUGGAUGUUGUUAAACGCAUGGACAAUUUGCGUAUGGAAGGAGAUAUAGAAACAUAUAGAUCCAGAGACGAAUAUACUGAUUUCUUAAUACGCGAAAGAACUGAAAUUACUAAAUAUCAAGAUAAUUUACGUAUGGAAGGUGAAUUCAUUGAUACAAGAACACGAGAUGAUUUUAAAAUUGUUAAAGGUGAACGCAUGGACGUCGUUAAACAUCCUGACAAUUUAAAACCGGAAGGCGAUUUCGUACGUCAGCCUAAGGAAGAAGCGCCUAAAAAGGGUGAGAGAGCUGAUGUGAAAAAACCGAGAGACAAUUUGAGACCGGAAGGUGAGUUCGAAAGACCGGAGAAGAAACCAAUCGGUCCAGCAGAGAAGCGUACCCCAAUUAAACAUUCUGACAAUCUAAAACCAGAGGGUGAGUUUGAGAGACCAAUACCUGAAGAAUUCAAACCUGCCGAAAGACCAAUUGUAAAGAAGCCACAUGACAAUUUAAAACCGGAAGGCGAAUUUGUGUCAAGACCGAAAGACGAGGCGCCAAAGAAAGGUGAGAGAGCUGAUAUCAAAAAGCCACAAGACAAUUUGCGACCGGAGGGCGACUUCGAAAGACCGGAGAAAAAACCAAUUGGUCCUGCAGAGCGACGUUCUCCGAUUAAACAUUCUGAUAAUCUGAAGCCAGAAGGUGAAUUCGAAAGACCUAAGCCUGAAGAAUUUAGACCUGCCGAAAGACCGGUAGUAAAGAAACCACACGAUAAUUUAAAACCGGAAGGUGAAUUUGUCUCUCGACCAAAAGAAGAAGUUCCAAGAAAAGGUGACAGAGCUGAUGUUAAAAAGCCAAAGGAUAAUCUCAAACCCGAGGGCGAUUUUGAAAGACCGGAAAAGGCACCUGUUGGUCCAGCGGAACGACGUACUCCGAUCAAACAUUCAGAUAAUUUGAAGCCAGAAGGUGAGUUUGAACGACCGGAACAAGAAGGUUAUCGUCCAGCAGAAAGGCCAGAAGUCAAAAAACCAACAGAUAAUCUGAAACCCGAAGGCGAUUUUGAAAGACCACAUCCUGAAAAAUAUGUUCCGGCUGAGAAACGUACGCCAGUGAAACAUCCAGACAAUCUUAAGCCGGAGGGUGAAUUUAUUGGUAGACCUAAAGAAGACUUUACGCCCACUAAAAGUGAUCGUGCCGAAGUUAAAAAACCAGAGGAUAAUCUGAGACCAGAGGGUCCAUUCGAAGGUCGACCGAAGGAUGAUUAUCGACCGGUGCGUGGCGAACGCAUGGACAUAGUGAAACGCACGGAUAACUUGCGAAUGGAAGGAGAUAUAGAAACUUAUAGAUCCAGAGACGAAUAUACCGAUUUCUUAAUACACGAAAGGACUGAAAUUACUAAAUAUCAGGAUAAUUUACGUAUGGAAGGAGAGUUUAUCGAUAUGAGAACACGGGAUGACUUCAAAGUCGUUAAAGGCGAACGCAUGGAUGUCGUUAAGCAUCGUGACAAUUUAAAACCAGAAGGUCCAUUCGAAGGUCGUCCGAAGGAUGAUUAUUUACCUAAGAAAGCAGAGAGACCUGAAAUUAAAAAGCCAGAAGAUAAUUUAAAACCAGAAGGCGACUUUGUACGUCGGUCUAAGGAAGAAGCGCCUAAAAAGGGUGAGAGAGCUGACGUGAGGAAACCGAAAGAUAAUUUGCGACCGGAGGGAGACUUCGAAAGACCGGAAAAGAAACCGAUUGGCCCUGCUGAGCGACGUUCUCCGAUUAAACAUUCUGAUAAUCUAAAACCAGAGGGUGAAUUUGAAAGACCUAAGCCUGAAGAAUUCAAGCCUGCUGAAAGACCGGUUGUAAAGAAACCGCACGAUAACUUGAAACCUGAAGGCAAAUUCGUAUCUAGACCGAAAGAAGAAGCGCCAAAGAAAGGUGAGAGAGCCGAUGUCAGAAAACCGCAAGAUAAUUUGCAACCAGAAGGAGACUUUGAAAGACCGGAAAAGAAACCGAUUGGUCCUGCUGAGCGACGUUCUCCGAUAAAACAUUCUGACAAUCUAAAACCGGAGGGUGAAUUCGAAAGACCUAAGCCUGAAAAAUUCAAACCUGCCGAAAGACCGAUUGUAAAGAAGCCACUCGAUAACUUGAAACCUGAAGGCGAGUUCACAUCUAGGCCAAAAGAAGAAGCACCAAAGAAAGGUGAAAGAGCCGAUAUCAGAAAGCCGCAAGAUAAUUUACGACCAGAGGGUGACUUCGAAAGACCGGAGAUAAAACCAAUUGGUCCAGCUGAAAGAAGAACUCCGAUUAAACAUUUUGAUAAUUUAAAACCUGAGGGUGAGUUUGAGAGACGUAAGCCUGAAGAAUUCAAACCUGCCGAAAGACCAAUUGUAAAAAAGCCACACGAUAAUUUGAAACCUGAAGGCGAAUUCGUAUCUAGGCCGAAAGAAGACGCGCCGAAGAAAGGUGACAGAGCCGAUGUUAGAAAGCCGCAAGAUAAUUUACGACCGGAGGGUGACUUUGAAAGACCGGAGAAAAAACCAAUUGGUCCAGCGGAAAGGAGAACUCCGAUCAAACAUGCAGACAAUUUGAAGCCAGAAGGUGAAUUUGAAAAACGUCCAAAGGAAAAGAUACCGAUCAAAGGUGAAAGGGCGGAUGUUACCAAACCAAGAGAUAAUUUGCGACCUGAAGGCGACUUUGUAAGACCUCAGAAAUCACCGAUUGGCCCAGCAGAACGACGUACACCGAUUCGACACGAAGACAACUUGCAUCCAGAGGGUGAAUUCGUUGGUCGACCAAAAGAUGAUUUUAUUCUCAAGCGCGCCGAUCGACCAAUUCAAAAGAAGCCUAAGGAUAAUUUGAAGCCUGAAGGAGAAUUUGUAGGAAAACCCAAGGAUGAUUACAAACCAACUAAAGGAGAGAGAACUGAAAUCGUGGUGCAUCGAGACAAUUUGAAGAUGGAAGGCGAUAUAGAUGUUUAUCGAUCUCGGGAUGAUUACGUAACUACGUCUAAACGCGAACGUGUGGAUAUUGUUCAUCGUGAGGAUAAUUUGAAGAUAGAAGGCGAAUUCGUUGAUAUUCAUCGACGAGAUGACUAUCGAGUUACUCGUGGUGAACGUAGCGAAGUUAUUAGGCGUGAAGACAAUCUUUAUCCUGAGGGUGAUUUCGAACGACCAGAGAAAGCACCGGUAGGUCCCGCAGAGAGAAGAUCUCCUAUUAAACAUCCUGAUAACUUAAAGCCGGAAGGCGAUUUUGUACAACGGCCGAAGGAAACCGUGCCUAUUAAGGGUGACCGAGCAAUCGUCAAGAAGCCGAAAGAUAACUUGAAGCCCGAAGGUGAGUUCGAGAGACCAGCAAAAUCACCCGUUGGUCCCGGCGAACGACGAUCACCCAUUAAACAUCCCGAUAAUCUUCAUCCGGAGGGAGAAUUCGUUGGCAGACCGAAGAAGGACACGCCACUAAAAGGCGACCGAGCAGAUGUGAAGAAGCCAAAGGAUAAUCUUCAUCCCGAAGGAGAAUUCGCGAAACGUUCCCUGAAGAAAAUAGAACCGGCUGAACGAAGAACUCCGAUCAAGCACAAGGAUAAUCUUCACCCUGAAGGAGAUUUCUACAUAGUGCCUAAGGACGAUUUUAUUCCAAAGAGAGGAGAUCGAUCGCCGGUUAAAAAACCUCAGGACAAUCUUCGUCCCGAAGGUGAAAUGAAAGUAUCUCCGAAAGAUGAUUAUAAAUAUGUAAAUGGAGAUCGCGUAGAAAUACGUCGGCACGAGGAUCACCUGCGCGUGGAGGGACAAAUGGACACUCGUCGCUCGAGAGAUGACUAUAAGAAAAUCACGAGAGUGGAGAAAGUGGAUGUUAAGAGACAUGAAGAUAAUCUCAGAAUGGAAGGUGAAUUUAUCGACGUGCGUCGCAAGGAUGAUUACGUGCACGUGGUCGGUGAACGCGCGCCAAUUAAAAAGCUCGCGGACAAUUUACGUCCGGAAGGAGAUUUCGACAGACCUCGGAAGAUCGUGAUUGGGCCCGGGGAGAAAAGAACUCCAAUCAAGCACCCGGAUAAUCUGAAGCCAGAGGGUGACUUUGAACGUAGAACUCCGGAUAAGAUUGGUCCCGGCGAACGACGGUCGCCGAUUCGUCACGCCGAUAAUUUGAAGCCAGAAGGUGAUUUCAUCGGACGCCCACGUGACGACUUCACUCCCAAAAGAGCAGAAAGAAUCGAAGUCGUAAAGAGAGAGGAUAAUCUAAAGAUGAUAGGUGAUUUCGAGGGCACAACGUCUCACAAUUCGACUUACACAAUAGUUCGCGGAGAACGAGCGGACAUUAAGUCACACGAAGAUAACUUAAAGAUUAGCACCGGUACUAUGGAAACAAAAACAACCAGCAGAGAUACUUAUACACCUUCUAAGCGUGAACCUUCUCCUGCUGGCAAAAUGGUAAAUCGUCGAAGACACAUGGAAUCGUCUAUUUCGCUCGGUGAUGACACCACCGUGAUGACCACGACGAAUCAACGUAACUACAAUACCUACACGAGACGUACAGGAAAGGAUAUCGCUGCUAAAAUGAGUCAAAUAGAAUCUGAUACUAGGAAGACCGUGGAAUCGCAAACUUUAGCAGAUGGAACUGUCGUUACGACUGUAAAACGUACAGCUACUUCUACUCAGUCAGAUCAGAGAGCUGCCAAUGCUCAAACUGUCUCCCAUCAUCAACAAACACAGCAUAUUACGGAUCGUCUUACCGCUCAACCAAUUGAUGUUUCGUCAUUUGGACCGCAACCCGUGGAUUCACGAAAAACGACUUCUCAAUUCGUGUCUAAUCAGCAUCACGAACAGCAUCAAAGAACUCAUUUGAGCGAGCAACAUUUGCGAUCGCAGAACAUGCAGAGUCGUCGAACAAUCGAAGAUAGAUCGUUCGCGGAAGGACUAAAUCAUCGAGGGCAAAUCGUACGAGCGGAAGAUACAUCUCGUUACGCGAUCGACGCCACACACGGCGAGCAUAAUAGACAGCAGCAGCAGCAGCAGCAGCAGCAGCACGUCGAGCGUCAUCAUCAGGAAAUGACCAAGCGCGAUUACGUGAAUGCGCAACAUAUGGAAACUCGACAAAGAUCCGCGACAAAGCAGCACGAGCAGCACACAAUCUCCACUCAGGCGCGAUAUAAUUCAAGCAGCCCGGAAUUCCGACAAUCAAUCAGCGGGCAAACGACUUUGGAACGAUCACACGUAGACUCAGCCGCGAAGUACGGUCACCAUCGCAAGAACGUGAUAUCCUCUUCGUCGGCUGACAUCAGCAAUGCAGUACUCCAUCGACGUGGCGCAGCUUCUUCCACCGAGGCGCUUCACACGAUCUCGUCGACGGCGGCGGACCAGCGCAAAAGUAUCUCAAACCUGGCCGAGAGCGGACAGUACAUCAGUAAUUCGAGCCAGAGCAACGAUAGACGUAGCUUGACUUCGCUGCAUCGCAGCUCUAAAGAAGUCAAUCCUUGGGCAUCUUCCAGCUACGAACGCCCGCAGAGAAUCAUUCGGCAAGAUAACCUGAGUGUCGGCGGAAAAUUCUAUUCACAGAGCGAGGCGAAAAGCUAUGGAAAUUUCUCACAAAGUACUCAAAAAGUAGAAAGAGUCCAGAGGCAAGCGAACGCAUCUCAUAUUAAUUUGGGUGACGGUAGUACUGUCAGUUCCAGCAUGUAUAAAAGGGAAUACGUUCCCAGGCACAGAGGACCGUGUCCAGCUGCUCUUUUGGAAGCCAAACAGGCGCCUUUCAAACACACCAGAGACACGCAGAAACACAAGUUUUACAUGCCCGUUGUGUCCAACUAAAUUGGCCUAUUAAAUUUAACGUUUUACUAAUUUUUUUUUAAAUUAUGCUUAAUGAUAAUGUUAAAGUGCUAAAAUCAAAUUUUCAUUCUGUAAAGAUGAUCAAAAUUAUACGCAACACAUAUUUA